AUGACGUCUCUAUACCCGUCCGUUGCCUCCUUCCCGUCGAACUUGCAGUCCUCGGGAGUUUUUGGGGUUAUGGGUGGUCGCCGGAUCUUUCGAUAUUGGCGCUUAGGCGACGGGCUCUUCCUCGAUCUCCUGAAGACUGAACGUCUGGCUAAGCAAUCGACGAUUGCAAUCGUCGUCGCUCACACCUUUGUCGGGUUUGUGUGCAUAGCUGGAGGCCACCCUGGCGCAAAGUGGCAUAUCGGGUUUCCGCUUUGGAUGAAGCAGGAUGGGGUAUAUGGGGCCAUCCGCGUCUUUUGUAUUGACAGCCACCAACACGUGGUAUGGAAGCCAACGCUUGAGGGUCAUAUUAACCUGCAUCUGGCCAUCGCACCUCAAUUACAUUCCGAGCUUGCGGACGGGACGAUGAAAGUCUAUGACCUCAUCUCCUUCAUCCUAAAACCAUCGCAAGCCGUUCUUCUUCGCCUCGAUCACGGUGGCGACAGCCGUUUUGUGCUAUUGAUCUGGUGGACGGCUCGUGCUGGCGGUGGAGGUGCCAUUCUUGCAGAUGUGAGCAAGGUCUCUGGUAUCAAGCCUGCGCAAUGGGGAGACUUGGGCUGGGCUGUCUCCGACUACACCCGCUAUGCACGGAAACCAGGGGACCAGGUCCUCGCUCAGCUAAUCAUGGAACCCUUGGAAACCAUCAUUCAGCCCUACGCCUUCCUAGAGGCUGUGCGCAAGAACGAGGCUAAUUUCGGCGCCCGGGCUGGGGCCGUUCGCGGGUAUCGAUCUAGCCGCGUUGCAACCGCGAUAUGCGGGAACUUCCUAAUCGUGGCCGGCAGCUUCAAUGUCUUCCUCGGUCCGAUCAAGGGAAUCAUGUUUGCCGAUGACUUCCUCAUCCGCAAGCGGACCAUGAAGCUUACCGGCCUGUAA